AUAAUCUUGUUGGAGAAAAGCACGUUAAGUUUUAAAAUGCUUUCAAUAAAACAGGCAUUCUGAAUGUUUUUGUUCUCUGUGUGUGUUAUUGGAUGUAUAUUUGGAUGUUUUUUUCCCCCAUUUAAUUGUUAAAUGCUUCAAACCACUAAACUCUCUGGUUGGGUUGUCUGGUGGUAUGAUGGACCAACACACAAGCUCGGGCAAACGCAUUCGUAAGCCCUCCCUGCUGUACGAGGACUUUGAGAGCCCCUCCCUACCCCACACAAUGCCCCAGGGUCCCCCUGCCCCUCCACAGCCCCCAGUGAAGGAUCCCACCCGACCAGGCCGCAUGACAAACCAGCUGCAGUACCUCCAGAAGACCCUGAUGAAGUCUCUUUGGAGGCACCACUUUGCCUGGCCUUUUCAGGAGCCCGUGGAUGCCUACAAGCUUAACCUGCCGGAUUACCAUAAAAUUAUCAAACAACCCAUGGACAUGGGGACCAUUAAGAAACGCUUGGAAAAUAACUUCUACCGUAGUGCAAGUGAGUGCAUACAGGAUUUCAACACAAUGUUCACCAACUGCUACAUCUACAACAAGCCAACAGAUGACAUUGUGCUGAUGGCCCAAUCCCUAGAGAAGAUUUUUCUUCAGAAGGUGGCCCAGAUGCCCGAAGAGGAAGUUGAACUUCCUCCUCCAGCUCCUCGGAACAAAAACAGCAGGGGAAGAGGUCGUAAAUCUUCUGCAUCAAGGGCUCAGCAGGUGCCAGCAGUGUCCCAGUCAGCCUACUCCCCCUCAUCCUCAGACACGGGGGAUUCCAUGCUGGCCAACUCUCCCCAGACUGUGCUAACUAAAAGCCUGCCACCAGCUAACAUUAUGGGUUUGCCUCCUACACAGCCCACAACCAAGGUUCAACCUCAGCCCUCAAGGAAGGGAAAACUCAGCCCGCAGCUGAGGUACUGCAGUGGGCUGCUGAAGGACAUGUUAUCAAAGAAACAUGCUGCGUACGCAUGGCCUUUCUACACACCCGUGGAUGCAGCUGCACUCGGACUUCAUGACUAUCACGAUAUCAUCAAGUGUCCUAUGGACCUCAGCACCAUCAAGAGGAAGAUGGACUGUCGUGAGUACAGAGAUGCUCAACAGUUUGCCAGUGAUGUAAGACUGAUGUUCUCCAACUGCUACAAGUACAAUCCACCUGAUCACGAUGUUGUGGGGAUGGCACGGAAACUACAGGAUGUCUUUGAGUUCCGUUUCGCCAAGAUGCCAGAUGAACCACACAUGGAGCACACAGCCAUGUCCAUGAGUGGGCAUCAGACAUCCUCUUCAUCAUCUUCCUCCUCCUCAUCCUCCUCAUCUUCCUCCACCUCUGAGAGUGAGCCUAGCAGCGAGAGUGAGGAGAGUGAGAGCAGCCCAAGCUCAGACAGCGAGGAGGAGCGAGCACAUCGCUUGGCUGAAUUACAGGACCAGCUCCGAGCCGUGCACGAGCAGCUAGCUGCUCUCUCCCAGGGCCCCAUCGUCAAGCCCAAGAAGAAAAAGGAGAAAAAAGACAAAAAGGAGAAGAAGAAAAAGAAAAAGCUGGAGAAGCGAAAUCGAGGAGUCCGAAGCAGAGCAGGCUCUGAGGAAUGGAAGAUGCCCAGCAAGUUGAAGAGCAAAUCUGUCAAAGCAGGUGGCUCCCAGGCCAAGAAAAGCCAGGGGAAGAAGAGUAACAAGAACAGCAAGACUUCAAAGAAGCCUUUCUACCCUCCACUUGCCACUUCCAUGUUACCACACUAUGACUCGGAGGAAGAGGAAGAGAUCGUGCCCAUGUCAUACGAUGAGAAGCGCCAGCUAAGCCUCGACAUCAACAAGUUACCAGGCGAGAAGCUGGGUCGUGUGGUCCACAUCAUACAGUCCAGGGAGCCGUCACUGAGGGACACCAACCCUGAGGAGAUUGAGAUUGACUUUGAAACACUCAAACCAUCCACACUGAAAGAGCUCGAGCGCUACGUGAUGACAUGUCUGAGGAAGAAGCCCCGUAAGCCGUAUGCUGAACAAGCAGCGAAGAAAGGCAGCAUUGGCAAGUCUAAAGAGGAGCUGACCUUGGAGAAGAGGAGGGAGCUAGAGAGGAGGCUGCAAGAUGUCAGCGGACAACUCAAUUCAGUCAAGAAACCCACGAAACCUAAAGUGGAAAAGCCAAGUGCAGUGGAGACUCACGCCCAGCCAUCACGCCUCAGCGGAAGCAGCUCCAGCUCAGACUCGUCCUCCUCCUCCUCGUCAUCCUCUUCCUCAGACAGCAGUGAUUCAGACUCGAGUUGAGAUUGUUAGCAAAAAACGAAGAAGUCAAACGCUAAUGUCUCAGGGACUUGGGCUGGCCCAGGACACAUCACGCCCUGAAGCGAUAGUUGGCUGAGAUUGAACACUACAACAAAAACACUCCAAAUGGACUCCUGUAAUCCUGUAAUGUUUUGAAUGUUGGACUGAGGGAUGUGGAACAAUGUCUUUGUGGAUUAUUGUAGAACCCAAACACUAAAUGCCUUGUUCUCCCCUUCCUUCCCUUUGUAAAUACUUGUACAAAUUUAUGUUUCUUUUAUAAAGAAGAUUUUUAUGGGGAUCCCUGAAGAGGGAGGUGGAGUAAUAAUUUAAAAAAUUGAUGUGGAAAGACGGGCCUGACUGAAAAAUCUGUUUGGCUGGCCUUACACUGUCUCCUUUUUGGUGAAAGAAUGGAAGAGCGUCAUAUUUUAUUUGUUUUCUCCUCCCACCCACAUUUCCUCAGAUGUUACUGGAAUUGAAACCAGCAACCUUUUGGUCUCAAGCCUUGCUUUUCUAACAAUUUUAGAUGAACCCCUAGACUCAGCCUUAAUGAUUGUUCAUAACGGUUACGAUAUUUGGAGAAAUCCAAUACUGUUGACAGAUCUGGCAGCCUCUGAGCUGCGUUUCAAAGCAUGCUUAUGGGAUCUUCCAUAUUCAGGUCAGAAUUUAAAGUUUGAGAUUUAGAUUUCUCUGUUAUGUUUACAUAAGUUCUCAGUUUAACAAUAACAUUUAUGCUGCAGUCUGUUUUAGUACAGUAUAGAGUAACAGUUUAAUGUACUAUAAAUACAAAGUUUAGCAGCUAAGAUAGAUAUUCAUUCAAUUUGUACAGAGUUUUGUGGCUGCACUGUUCUCCUAAAAAGCCACCAGCUAUUUUAAGACCGACAAGUCUUAUAAACACGUCUCAAGCUGAACUCAUUUCUUACAACUUACUUUGACGUUUUCAUCCUUCAUUACAUCAAACAGUAACUCGAGUGUCCGUCUAUUUCUGAGCUGAAAGCAAGCUGCUGAAUGUUAUCAUGUUACAGUUUCUAAUUUCCAUAUUAAUUUCCUGAACAUCUGAAGUAUUGCAUUACCAUUUCUUGCAGACCUCUGUAGCACUUGAAAACACUGGCUGCUCAGCGCUGACUGGAACAAAUAGCGACGACUGAUUAAACUCAAGCUGAAAACAACACGUUUCCUGUAAACCGAUAGGAGAGCCCUCAUUGUACAUGCAUAGUUGAAGCUGUUGAUGAAUGUUCAGUAAAGAUAUGCUUGUAUAUAAUUCAGCUGUAUUUGCUGUUGCACAAACUAAUGUAUUUCUGCUGUUUGGUCUCCUUUUUUUCCCCCUCCCAGUUACCCUUUUUGCUUUUUUUUUAUUUUUAAGAAAAUAACAUGUUAUCUCUCAUUCCAGUUAGUUGUCUUGGUUGUUUUCUGAAGAGGAUUCACAUGCUGCCUCUCAGAAGCAAACCUUUCAUUUGACAGGUGUUUAUUAAAAAUAACUUCUGUAGAACAAA